GGUAACGAUGGAUUUAAAAUUAUUUCCGAAUUAUAUUGCAAGCUCUUGAAAAAUGCUACGAUUUAAACGUCACCAUGGUUGUAUCCUGUACACUAUCCGUUAAUUCUUUUUAAUUGACAACAAAAUGUGUUUUUAAAGAUGAAGGUUUACAGAUUAAUGUUAUCGUGUGCUUUGCUUACACUCAAAAUUGCAUACAAAAUGGCAAUAACUUUUUCGAACGUGUAAUGAACCCAAAAAUAAAAAAAUGAGGCGAAUUGCACGCCGAACAGCGCUUCGAACAUUACUACAGCGAAAAAUAGAAGUCGCUAUGCAUCACUUUCAAGCACCUGUCUGUUGAAGUGGGAUUUGCUGAGAUUAGAUAUAGUCUCGACAGUCUCAGAAUUCUUCUACGCACCACAACAUAUUCUUUUAAUAACAACUAUCUAUAACUCUGAAGAGGUUUCUGUAUAUCAAAGUCUAUUAUUUAUAUGGAUUGUAUCUCACUUGACUAUAAAAUGCUAUUGAUUGUUUAACUGAAGCGCCAAAGCUUUAUCACUCUUUAAUCGAAUAACAUCGUCUGUUCACCGGAAAAGUUCAAUAUGCCAACCAAACUCAUUUUCAUAUUUUUUGCAGUGCUAACUUCGGGUAAAGCUCAAGAAAUAUUUAAGCAUUACAAGCUGAAACAACCUUCCACAGUUCUAGGUAACCUGCUUAAAGUAGAUGACAACGAUUCCAAUCGAGUGGUAGGAGGUCACGAAGCAGCUCCGGGUUCAGCUCCGUACCAGGUUUCUUUGCAAGGCAUUUUCGGUCAUUCAUGUGGAGGCGCCAUCAUCGGUGAUGUCUGGGUGCUAACGGCGGCUCAUUGUGUUGUUAGUGCGAGACUUUCGCAAAUGCGUAUCCUUGUGGGAACCAACAGUCUAAGGGUAGGUGGCCAGAAGUAUAAAGCAGCCAAGUUCAUAGUACACAGUCGCUAUAAUAUACCGAAAUUCCACAACGACAUUGCUUUGGUUAAACUGGCAACGACAUUGCAGUACAGUGAUAAUAUAAAGGCCAUCCCAUAUUCAAAGAAAGAUCUUAUGGAAAAUGCAGUAGUCACAUUAACCGGAUGGGGUAGAACAUCUACGAACGGGCAGAUCCCGACUAAACUGCAAACUAUUGACUUACGAUAUGUGGACUAUCAGGAAUGUAGACGACAGCACGGAAAUGCUGUGGGUAUUGGACAUGUGUGCACGUUCACUCAAGCCGGGGAAGGUUCCUGUAAUGGUGAUUCAGGUGGUCCCCUAACAUACCAGGGUGAAUUGGUUGGAAUAGUGAACUUUGGGAUUCCGUGCGCGAAAGGAUACCCGGACGCUUAUGCUCGAGUGGCGUACUACCAUGAUUGGAUUCGCACAAAUAUCAAGAAUUAUGCAUAGUUAUAAAGGAUAUUUGUUGAAUUAUAGAAGA